UGGUAACUUUCUUUCUAUAAAGUGCACUCGCGACACAGAGGAUCACGACUGCGCACAGGCCACAACCACCACCGUCGACUCACUGAGUCAACCAUGCCCGAGUCCAACGCAACUCCGUCCGCGGCGGCGGACGUCUCCGACGCGGUCCUCUCGAGCUCCAGGUACCUCACACGGCAGGAGGUGAUACGACGUCGUUCUCGCAGAGUGAAGCAGCUUGCGAAGUGCUACAGAGCUCACUACUGGUCUCUGAUGCAGGAGCUGAAAAUCAGAUACAGAGAGUACUACUGGAAGUACGGUAGGAGCGCGUUCCAGGAGGACGAGAAGCGGGAGGGUGAGGGUGUUGAGGGGACUGGGGAGAAUCUCAACGGUCAUGGGAAGCUAGGGUUAGGGUUAGGGAUUGGGGAGAAUGGGUUUGAUGUGAAGCGAUGUGCGGUUUCGGGGUGUAAAUCGAAGGCCAUGGCGUUGACGAGGUUCUGUCACCCUCACAUAUUGUCUGAUUCGAAGCAGAAGCUGUACAAGGGCUGUUCCUUUGUGAUCAAGAGUGUUCAGGCAGGACCUGUUCUUUGUGGGAAGCCAAUACUAAGAUCCACUGUUCCUUCUCUCUGCCCUAUUCAUUUUCAAAAGGCUGAAAGACAGGUCAACAAUGCCCUGAAAAAGGCAGGUCUUAAUGCUGCUUCAUCAAGUAAGCUUGCUCCCAAGUUCCAUGUCAUAGUUGCAGAAUAUGUCCAUCAAAUCCAAACCAAAAGAAGAGCUGCACAAAGAGCAUCUGUAAAUAAGGUUGAGAUUAAAGAGGAGACAGGAUGUUGAGUAAAGAUUUUCUGUGUAAAGAAUGUUAACCAUUGGUGAAGCAGGCAGAUGCCAUGAUCUUGAGCUAUGAGGUCUCUGAUUGGAUGGUGCAAGAUGAAGAUUUGGAUGGGUCAUGAGACUUGUGGUUCGAGCAUCAGCUCUGUGCUUACUGAAGGUGCCUAAUUCCUUCAUGUGUUUUUCGCUUAUAUGUCACUCUUGUCUUGAUAUAUAAUGCUAUUUGCUUUUCCUCAUUGCUUCGAAAUUAUAACCUUUGUGAGCUCAUGUGCACACACUUAUCCCUGUUCAUAAUCUUUCUUACUCCUACGUUCGCUAUCUUGAAGUAUUUCUUAAGGUGGCUCUAUGUACAUGAUAUCCCACAAAACAAUGCUUUCCAUUUCAUCUUGAUAUAGCAGUUGUACUCUUAUAUUCUGUCUCCCAAAUCAUUUUUCAGGCGGUGGAAACUGGGACAAGAUGCAUGGACUCAGCUUGUGGGCUUAUACAACAUAUUGGGAUGAAUCAUAAUGGAAUGGUGUGCAUGAACAAAGUGGUUCAUGCACCCUCCUGUGGGAGGUUGAAAUAUUUGUUAUUUUUAAGCAUCCAUAUUGGAAUUCUGAACAUGAUGAUUUAGCAUGAGUUUUUACUAAGAAACCCAAUUUAACUUUAAAACUUGUUUGGGUACUUGGAACCAUGCAAUUACAUAUUUGUUGAUACACUGACAUCUCUAUCAAAUUAUCUUCCUAUGUACAUGGGUUGUGCCACCUUUUGCUUGGCACUCUAUAAUCAUUUUCCUUGCCUAUACAAAUAAUGAAAAAAAGACAUCUC